CUGAACUUGGAAGUUCACUGAUAAAAACAUGCUGCAGCCGAUCUGGGACGUCCUCCUUGCGCAUGCGCCGCUGCUGCGCUCGCCGCUCUUCCCCGCGCUGUUCUCGCUGGGCUCGUACCUGAGUUUCUGCCUGCCGUUCCUGCUGCUGGACGCGCUGGCGCCCAGGUGCGCGCUGGUGCGCAGGUACAAGCUGCAGCCGCACAGCUCCGUGAGCUGGUCGGCGGUGCGGAGCUGCGCGGCUCUGGUGUUCUACAACCACCUGGUGUUCGUGUUCCCGCUCACCGUGCUGCACUGGUACCUGAUGCCCGUCAACCUGCCCGCGCAUGCGCCGGCGCUGCCGCUCCUGCUGGCUCAGGUGCUCGUCUGCCUGCUGCUCUUCGACUUCCAGAGCUUCACCUGGCACCUGCUGCACCACAAGGUUCCCUGGCUGUACCGCAACUUCCACAAGGUGCACCACACCUACACCUCCACCUCCGCCCUCACGGCCGAAUACUCCAGCGCCUGGGAGACCCUGAGCCUGGGCUUCUUCGCCGCCACCACGCCCGUGCUGCUGGGCUGCCACCCGCUGACGGAGCUGGCCUUCUUCCUGCUCAACAUCUGGCUGUCGGUGGAGGACCACUGCGGCUACGACCUGCCCUGGGCCACGCACCGCCUGGUGCCGCUGGGGCUGUACGGGGGCGCCCGCCACCACGACCUCCACCACCUCAAGUCCACCUGCAACUUCGCCCCCUACUUCACCCACUGGGACCGGCUGGCCGGGACGCUGCGCACGCAGGACGGAGCCGGAACCUCGGAGGGUUCCUGAACGCAGCACAGGACUCAUUCCAAGCUGCUGCGUCACCAGAUCACUUCAUCUUUUACAUUAAAAGACUGAGAGACCAAAGAAUCAAAGUGGAUAUUGUCACAGAGUAUUUAAAUCUGGAUAUUUAUGAGAAAUGUUAUGUUUUAAGCUGGACUUUAAGCCGGACUGUCCCAUCAGGAAAAUCUGAGCGGACAGAUCUUGGUUUAAUUUUUGGGCAUUAAACGGUCGUUUAAAGUUGAUCUUUAAAGACCCAGAAAAUGGUUCAUAUUGAACAGAAAUGUUGAAUGUAGCGCUGCUCCGGCGUCAGAGGAGGACGGAUGGAGGAAAUCAUUAGACAGGAAGUGGAAGUGCUGAAGGAAGCUGCCGAGGAGGAGGAGGAGGAGGAGGCAGAGAGGUGAUGAAGGUGAUGAAGGCGUGAUAAAAGUUUCUGGUGGAAGGAAACAGAACCUGGAUGCAAAUAUGACAAAAAAUGUGAAAGGUGUUUUUAUUUUGUGAAGAAAAGCUAAAUAGUGUAAAAGCGAACAAACAUGUCUGUGGAUGAUGUGUUCAAGGUCUGCAGGAAA